UGAACGCGGCGUCCAGCCUCGUAUCAACCCAACACACGCGCGGGGUAUGCGUUGCCCGCGGUCCCCUCUCGCGUCGCGGUCGCGUCGACGCGUCAUCGCACCCUACGGACCGUCGCCCGUGCCGACCGAAUUCCGCGACGUUUCAGAGGGGAACUGUCACGGGACGAUCGUCGUCAUCACGCGCCGCCCGCGCCGCGUUCAUCCCGCGUGCGUCCGCGGAAGAUGACAAGCUCGUGAAAACCGCCCUGAUCUUCGAUUUAUUCAUGAAUGAAGUUCUCUCACGCGGGUUAAACGCGAAGCAAAUCAUGGACGCGAUGACCAACCGACUCAAGACGACAUCCGAUGGACUUCUCUUCACGGGAAUCACGGGCAAAGGAGCGGAACAGCCGGCGAACUCGAUCAAAAUAAAGACGUUCGAGCGGUACAUCAUUCAUGAUUUGAAGCUAGAUUUGAGGAAGUCGUACGGUAAGGACGCGAUGAUCGACUUUUUCGACGCGAUGGACGAGAACGGCGACGGGUUCCUCGAUAUGGGUGAACUCAAUCGCGCGCUUCAGACCGGCACGAAAAAUACGCUUCAACGGCUCACGAACGAGGCGUCCGAGAGGAAGUACGCGAAGAAGACGACGGAAACGAAGCUCGUCGCGCUCGUCGCGCACAACCACAUGAAAGCACCUCUGUUACACUUCGUCGCGUCCAACAUGGAUUUUUUCUCCACCGUGUCCAUCGUCACCACCGGCAGCACCGGGAGCGUGCUCGAGUCGAACCUCGGGUUGACUAUCACGCACAAGGUAUCGUCCGGCCCCCUGGGCGGUGACCAAGAGAUCGGAGGUAUGGCGUCGCUUAACCAAGUCGGCGGCGCUUUCUUCUUCAUCGACCCGUUAUCCGCGCACCCGCACGACGACGACAUCAAAGCGUUAUGCAGGAUUUGUAACGUCCACAACGUCCCGGUCGCGACGAAUCCGGCGACGGGGAAGGGGCUUGUGUACGCGUUCCUUAACGACGAGUACAUGAAGUCCACGCUUGAUUUGAAGGUGGACGACGGGGACUCCGAAGCGGUGCUCGCGUACAAAGCGGAGCAAAGCGCGGUGAUCUCGGCUACGAAGCUGUGAGCGUCCGCGCUACUCUCCGCUUCACAACCCCCAACAAUAAUUAAAUCGUAUGUAUUUGUAAUGGAGUACACUAGUUUUGGCU